UUUGGGUAUGGAACCCUAAAAACGGCACGAGUGAUACCCUGGUUUCGCAAGUGGUUAACAGACUAUUGUGGGCGCUUACCACCAGACGGCUCAAAUGCUUAUUGCAUAAUCCUUUUUACAAAUCACAAGCCCGGGAAUAAAAAAAAUGUCCUUCAUCAAAGACACAACUUAUCUAUAUUAUAUAAUAUAAAUGCAUACAUAACAUGUAUUAUUAGAAAGUAUGCAAAUAGCUACAGACACAACAACAAAUUAAGAUAAUUUUUGACCUUCGAAUACACAUGAAAUGGUACGAAUCGCUAAAGUAAUAAAUGUUUUAAAUACCGAUAAGUUUAUUUUUAUUUAAGUAUAUAAAUUAUAAAUUUAUGAAGAUAUCCGUAGUGCUGUUAUGACUUUCGCAAUAAGUAUAAAAACUCUAGGAAAAUGGGCGCUAUCAUAAAUUUUUUCUUGAUUUCUUUUUUUAUUAAGUGUGUUCUGUGUAGUGAUGCACUAUUUGAUGCGUGCAGUCACAGUGACAUAGAAUGUUUACAAAAAGCGGUGGCCUCAUUUUUCAACAAGACAAUUUGUGGUAUCCAUGAACUUGGAAUUAAGCAAGUAGAUCCCUUGAUAUUUUAUGACGUGGAAUAUGUUGAUCCAGGGUCUGAUAUUGUGGUGCGCUUUUUACGUACUGAAAUAGAAGGACUGAAAGAUAUGAAGUUAAACCAUCUUCAAAUGGAUACUGAUACGAAAUCAGAAGUAUUUCAAACAAGAUUCGAUGUCAAUAUUGAGACAUUCUUAACAGUUGAAUUGAAAGAAGCUGACAAGUACGUUAGUGGAACAUUCAAAGCAAAAGCAACUGGUCUUGCAACUGCAAAGUUCUCUUACGAAAUGAAACCAAACAGCGCUGGAGUGGAGCACUUUGACAUUGGUCCCGAAACCAUCACCUGCGAAGAGAUUGAAGUAACUCAAAUAAUAUUAGAUCAACAUUUUGCUGAUGUAAUUGCAAAUUAUCCAGCGGGAAGAGUAAACUACCAAAGAAGAGCAGAAAUAAUAAGAAAACCAGCGAUAUGCACAUUCAUUGAAAAAGCAUACAGGAUCGUGAUCUCAAAUAUACGAGCUGCUACCAUAGCAUUUCCAAAAACAGCAUUCUUUACAGAUCUUUGAAAAGAAGGAGCAUUAUUAUCCUGUUCAAUAAAUCUAAGGCUAAUAAAUUACUAGUAUCUAGUAUAAGUAAAUAUACAUAUAUAAUAAAUAUAUAACUAUACAAUAUAUCACAAAGGAACAAACAACCCAGCAAAAUCAACCAAUUUUAAUAAUGGAAAAUAUUUAAAUGAUCCUUGAAAAAAUAUUAUCACUACUAAAGUAACUACAGUUGGUAGUUAGGUUAGGUUACCAAUUGUAUUUUUUGAGGAUCAAUUGCAUUUUUUUUAUGAUCAGCUAUAGAUUAAGUAAUUGAUAUCGUUUGAAAAAAUCCACGUACUAAAAAAAUGUUGUCACGAUGAUGGUUGUCCUGAAUAAACUCCGAAUGAAAAUUGGCUCACUGUGAGCAAUUUGUUCCAGCGACUAGUUUUAAUCGCGAUUAUUGACCUCAUUCAUCCCCUUUCAUGGGGGAUGACUGCUGUAAUCCAUGUGGAUGAGGAAACGGAUGAGAAAGUAAUAUACCCAGAGGUCACACUUCAUACGGCAUUUUGUAUUUGUGAUAUUUGACAAAUAACUGAAAUGUAUUGUUAGCAUUGUCGACAAAGCAUUUAGAUUCUUACACGUGGCACCACACCGCUGUCGAUUUUUCAUUUUUAACUAACAAUUUUAAUAUAAUAUUACAAAGACGAACAGUCUACAGAGUAAUUAAAGUACUUGCAUACUGCUUGUUAGACCAUAAUGUUAAUUUUUUUCUCUCUGACAAUGUAUUUUUCAGAUUUGGUUGAUAAGUGAUUUCAAUGAUUCGUACACGUUUUGGUUCGCGUAUGAUAGUAUGGCCCUGGUGACAUGUUUGUACAGCUAUUCGUAGUUACCUCCCACAUAAUAGGUUAAGGUAGUUGUAUAUGUAUUGAUUAAGCUAGUUGCCUAUUGUUAUUGUUACUGUUACACUGUUAGUGCGGAGAGAAUAAAUGGUUUAUUUUUUAAUUUUGGAGUGUAAAUUUUUUCUCAGCUCUUAGGCUAGUUUUAGCUAUAUUUACGGGCCGAAAUUCAGCGCGUGGUCACAUUUUGGAUGUGUUUUCUUGCUCCAACUGCAUGAAUUCCCUAACUAUUCUGCAAGUGUUUAUGAUGGUAGCUUUCUGUAGGUUGAUAUAAACGGAUUCUUCUAAGU